UUAUAGCGGGACUGCGGCUGGCAUUCUGACACUGGGGGGAACUGAUUUGGUGUCACUGACAUCCCCAGUGACACCAAUACAAUGAUCAGUGAUAAUAAAAAGCACUGGCACUAUACUAAUGACACUGGGCAGGAAGGGGUUAACAUGUGGGCAAUCAAAGGGUUAACUGUGUGCUGUUUCACAGUAUGCUGUGUGAGUGUUUUAUACUGUAAGCACACUGCUUUGUAUGGCUCUGCAUAGCAGAGCCAUACAAAGCAAUGUGC